AUCAGCCUCAUUUUGUUUACAUCUUUGAUGAAGGCUUCGAUGUCCAGGCCCGCAUCCGUCACCGUACGCACUUGAUAUCGAUCUCAACACUGCGGCUUGGGGCGUGCGUGUAUAAUCACCCCCUAUACGUCUGUAGGCGACCACAAGGACAACCCCUCUUUGAGAUUUCCGACGUUACUGUAUAUCAUGUCUGAAGACGCUCUUUCAACAACUUCUCUGCAAUCAAGGCACGUGCUUCAGGACAGCCCUGCAACGGUAUCACCACAUGUUGCCCCCGUCAGCUCGACGGGGCCCCGCCCAGAGACGUUGAUAGCUGCGCAGGAUCUGAUGUUCAAACUGACGAGUCAAAGCGACCGACAUGAUGCUUCCUUUCUGGGGGAAAGUGACGACCACAGGCAACGCGGCGGCCGACGGCAUCAAGAGCUCACGGCCACCAACCUUCAAGCGAUCCCGAACGCCGACGAGCUCGCGCCGGGUAUUCGACUAGGCCCUCAGGGCAACGAGGCUUUCAUCCACCAUCCGCACGAUGCUGACCGGGGGGAGGACGAUUCACGUGACCACACCCAUGCUAGGACCCAUAACGACCGACGUGCGCAGACGGAUGGGCCUUUAAGCGAGUCUUGCAUGCACUCUGAGAAUGUUGAUGCGGAACAAGGGGACGAUAUAGACGACCGCGGCCGAAGAGCCAGCAUCUUGACGAGCAGCUCGGACGCCCACCUUGCCGGCGAAGGGGUGCGGAGCGGUCCGCCGAGUCAGUUGGGUAGCAUCGGCCCCAGUGCGAGCCUUCGCGCUACUGGCGGCGCAGCAGGGCAGACGAGUGGCAGAAAGUACAAUGUUGCUUUCAGUAACACUGUGGGGCACUUUGGAAGUCGUGGAGAGCCAGUAGCUGGGGUGCCACCGGAGCUGGACCCUCGUGCGUCCAACUUUCGUCCUCCCUCGCCGUCUGCAGCAUCCAUAUACUCCGUCAGCGUGCAGGCACCCGUCUCCCCGCAGGCAGUUGAACAGGAAGCCGAUGACUACACCUCGCACCAUCCGGGACAUGGGCACGACGAGCAUUCUUUGGUCAGCAGCAUGGGACUCGGCGACUUUGAUCACAGCGAGCUCAGUCUGUCCUCCGUCAGCUCUAUGGAAAUGCCAAGCGUCGACACGCUGGCGGGCGGCGAUGGCGUGCCUACGCGCAGGAUUACCGUGGCUAGCAUCACACACAGUCCUUUCGCUACAUCUUCUUACUCGAUCGCCUCUGUCGCCGGCUCCUCGUACCCUCCGACACCAGGGAGCACAUCCGGAGUGCCAUCAGGUAUCCCCAACUCAACGCUCGAUCAGAUCCGCGCCAACCCACGAGGGCUCGUCUUUUCCCCAUCCGCCGGGGCGGUGCCUAUCGGUGGAGGGCUUUUCACUGCUGCCGCCGGCGGCAGCGGUAGGACCGACAUUACCUGCAGUCCUUCCGUCGCAGCGACGGCCGGCAGCGAGUAUCCCGCAUCGAGCUAUUCGGGUUCCUUCCCUGCGUCCUCGCGGCCGCCGUCAAUUCGCGACGAGACCGCCAGUCCGCCGCUGAGUGCGGGAGGCAGUCUGACUACGAACCCAGGCGAAUCCCAGCGUGAUGGCCUGAAAAUCGCUUCCGGCAGAGCUUACCGAGUCGCAUACAGCGUGAGCAACAAUUCCUCAUCGGCGCUGUCGGCGUCAUCGGAUGCCAUUGACGAAGAUGACGGCAGCCCGUCGGGUGGGCGUGCGACAAGCUUUGCUGGGACCAGCGUCGGUGCGGCAAGCAGCAGCUCGGCGGGGCUCGCUCGAUAUGGAGGUGUGGGAAUGGGUGCAUUUGCUGGCCUUGGACCAAGUGCAUUGAGCUCGAGCAGCUUCACCAUCCCAUCCAUCGCCCCAAGCGAAGCCGGCAGCGGAGCCGACGAGAGCGAUCUGGCAUUGCCUCCGCCCGGUCAAGACUCGGUGGACGGGGAUGAUGCUGCCGAUGCAUCGAUGCGCACUGCACCAGAGAUUCUCGAAGAGGGUGUCACUCAGGGAGGUAUGCCGGGCACGAGCGUCAAUGUCCAAGCCCCUUCGCAUCCCUCGUUUACGGCCACUGGUCCGGCAUCGAGACACCGGCAACACUAUCAGCAAUCCCAGCAGUUACCGCUCUCUUUUGGCCCCGGCCUUGCUGCCUUUCGCUCAUUGAUGGCGAACGCGGCAGGCGCGCCUAGCCGUGCAGCCUCGACGGCCGCCACGGCGGGCACGUCUUCGCCGACUCGCAGUGUCAUCUCCACAGGAUCUGCCUCAGGCGACGGACCACAGCACUCGUCCGGCCACGGCAGACGUGACGGACCCAUCGCUGUUGAGACCGUCGGGAGCACUGCCGUGCAGAGCGAGGGUGGCACUCCGCCUAGUAGUGUAGCAGGCGGCCUGAGCAGCCGGCGAAUACGUCGGCAGCUGAGCUCCAGCACGCAUCAGCAGCAGCAGCAACAACAACGGUCACAUGGCCCACCCACGACCGAGAUGGAAGCCUUGGGUCUUCAUCAAACUUCUAAGCCGCCUUCCACGUCUGGGUCUAUCGGCGAGGAAGGUUCCACAGCACAGGCUAUGCCUGCUUUGCCGCAGGGUACUGUUUACGAGCCGGGAACUGCGUUCUAACAACAGUGUACUUCAUCGCCCCCUACGCAGUUUGCGUAAUAUGAUCAAAUCGUCGCACCA